AUGGCUUGGCCCCAGAUGGACCCGCAGUACGAACAAAGGCUCAUAGAAGAAGUAAUCUACCUCCACUCCCUCUGGCACCAAGGGGACGAAGACUUAAUGGACGGGGACGACGGCCGGGAGGAGUACAGCUUUUUCUACAAGGUCUUCAAGGAGGACACGGAGCUUAGAGAGUAUUACGAGAAGAAUUUCGUGAGAGGAGAAUUUGGGUGUCUGGUGUGCGGGGCUCUUGGGGGGAAGAAAACGGGGAAGAAGUAUAAGGGGUGUUUGGCCCUCGUGCAGCACUCGAUCAACAUAGCCAAGACGAAGAAGAAGACGGCCCACAGGGCUUUUGGGCUGGCCGUUUGUAAGGUUUUGAGCUGGGACAUUAAUGAGCUCUCCAGUAUUGUUUCUUUGCUGGCACAGGGGGAUAAUGGUGGGGAGAACAAGGAAAACUCGGUAGCUGUUCUCAACAAUGUCGUAUCGCUGCAGGGCAAUAUUGUCCAGGGGAAAAAUGAGGGAGCGGCUUUAGAAAGCAGACCUAGUGAUAGUGGAAUUUCGCCUGAUGAUGAUGAAGGGGAUAUGAAUCCUUCGUCGUGUUCUCGUGCUGAUAAAAACUUGGAAGAUCUUGGGAUGGUGAGUAAUUUGGAAGAACCUGCAGCACAGGAUUUGACUAAUGGAUCUGGCAGUGAUGAUGACAACGAUACCCCAUUAGUUACCCAAACUGUUUUAAAUGUGGAGAUCGAUGCUGUAAAGGGUGAAAAUGACGAAGCAGCACCAGAAACUGGUGCUGUUGGUGCUGAAGACUUGCCUAAUGUUGAUGGAAAUAUGGGGAUUGGUAGUGGUUAUAACAAGGAGAUCCCAUCGGCUUCAAUUGACAAUGUUUUAACUGUAGAGGGUGAUGUUGUAAAGAGUAAAACUAAUGUAGUACCAGAAAGAGUUGAUAUUGGUCCUGGAAGCUCGCCUGCUGGUGAUGGAGGAGAUAUGAAAUCUUUGGCGUGUCUCGAUGCUGAUCAAAAUUCAGAAAAGAUUGAGGUGUUGCUUUCAGAACAGUUGGAGAAGCACGCAUCAGAGGUGUCGGCAAUUGUGCCUGAAAAUGUUCUGAAUUGA